GAUAAGUUCCCAAUUUUAUGCCUGUGUUUCAUCCUAGUAUUGGUUUUAAUCCAGUAUUCCCUCGCGCUCAUUAGUUAUCCAUGUCCUUUAAAUUCCGUUGGUCCAGUUAGUUCCACCGCCGCCUUCGUCAGUUGCUUCAACUUCAUCAAUUCUUUCGUUAUUCCAACAGGUUUUUUUAAAUUUUCAUUUAUUUAUAUUUUCAUUUUCAUAAUGCCUGCCGUAUCAGCUACUGCUAUUAGAGAAGUGAUGGACCACCAUUGCUUGACUGGUCAAUAUCUUGGUUGGGACGAUGAGAAAGGUUUUGCAAACAACGCAAAUUCCAGACGUUUCUGCUCGUUAAAGUUUUAUUUUUUAAGUUUAAAGAACGUAUGGGCUAUAAAAUUAUCCCUUCUCAAAUUAUCCCUUCUAUUGUUUAUAAGCUUCGUAGACUAUCGAUAGUCUUUGAUAU